AUGGAGGCGAGCGCGGGCGGCGGCAUGGCGCGCGUGAAGCAGGAGUGGCAGGAGCCCGCGUGGGCUGGUGACCACGUUGUUAAGGAGGAAGCAGAAUGCGUGGAUGAAGAGGAGUGUGUGAAGGAGGAGUGCUCGGACAGCAGAGACGGGUGCGGCAUGAGCGAGGCAGCCAUGCUGGCCGGCCUGUACAAAGAGCAUGUGGUCAAGGACGAGCUCGUGCUGGGGCCGGAGCGCCCGCAUCGCCCCACAGUUGCUCUGGUGGUUCGCAGCAGGGCGCUGGGUGACGCGGGGGGUGGGGGAGGUGGGGGGGCACAGCGCGCUCGGGACUGCUCCGUGCGGCUCGAGCGCCUCGCGAGCCACGCCGGCGCCGCGCGAGACCACCGGCCUAGAGGGACCGCCCCCAGCGACACCGCCACGCCACCCCACACAGACUCUGGUAACGAACAGGAAAUAUUCAAUAAACCUGAUUAUGAUAAAGAACCGACGUGUGAUCUUUGUGGCGAGAGAUUUGAUUUGAAAUCUGAUUUGAUAAAACAUGUUGCGGUGCACAUUCAUGUGCCUAUAAGCGCGGAUCUGGGAGCGGGCAGACCUGGUGUCUCAGGCAAUGCACCAGCGGUGGUGUCGGGUCGGCGGCGCUCGUGCGCGGUCAGGCUGGAGCGCGUGCUGCUGGACGCGGCGCGGCGCUCCUGCCGGGUCGGGCGCCGCACAUACAAGCUGCACACACACACGCACACCGCCGAGCCCGCACACACACGCAACCUCACCAUCACCACCGCCAGCUAUCAAUGUCACCAUUGCGGGAAACGGUUCCGGAACAAGUCGGUUUUGGUGAAACACAUACGCACUCACUUGCCUUUAGGAGCGUCGAGUAACUCGACCCGAGAGAACGAUGCUUUAGAACAUCAACAAAGUCAACAAACGUUACACAAAGAUAAAAAGUAUUUCGUAACAGUUUUACGGAAACCUGAGAUGACACACCGUGGCGCGAAGCCUUUCAAGUGUAGGUACUGUGACUACACGAGCUGCAAUAACGUACUCAUACGUAGACAUGAGAUGAUACACACAGGUGAAAAACCCUUUAAAUGCAACUACUGUGAUUACAAGUGUCGUCAAAAAGAAAACUUGCGGACUCAUGAGAUGAUACAUACAGGUGAAAAACCCUUUAAAUGCAACUACUGUGAUUACAAGUGUCGUCAAAAAGAAAACUUGCGGACUCAUGAGAUGAUACAUACAGGUGAAAAACCCUUUAAAUGUAAAAACUGUGAUUACAAGUGCAAACAAAAAGCACACUUACGGGUUCAUGAGAUGAUACACACAGGUGAAAAACGCUUUAAAUGUAACUACUGUGAUUACAAGUGCAAUCAAAAAGGAUCCUUACAGUUUCAUGAGAUGAUACAUACAGGUGAAAACCCCUUUAAAUGUAACUACUGUGAUUACAAGUGCAAUCGAAAAGGCUCCUUACGUAGACAUGAGAGGAUACAUACAGGUGAAAAACCCUUUAAAUGCAACUACUGUGAUUACAAGUGUCGUCAUAAAGAAAACUUGUGGACUCAUGAGAUGAUACAUACAGGUGAAAAACCCUUUAAAUGCAACUACUGUGAUUACAAGUGUCGUCAAAAAGAAAACUUGUGGACUCAUGAGAUGAUACAUACAGGUGAAAAACCCUUUAAAUGCAACUAUUGUGAUUACAAGUGUCGUCAUAAAGAAAACUUGCGGACUCAUGAGAUGAUACAUACAGGUGAAAAACCCUUUAAAUGUAACUACUGUGAUUACAAGUGCAAUCGUAAAGGCUCCUUACGUAUACAUGAGAUGAUACAUACAGGUGAAAAACCAUUUAAUUGCAACUACUGUGAUUACAAGUGCAAUCGUAAAGGCUCCUUACGUAUACAUGAGAUGAUACAUACAGGUGAAAAACCAUUUAAUUGCAACUACUGUGAUUACAAGUGCAAAAAAAAAGCAGACUUACGGAUUCAUGAGAUUAUACACACUGAGCGUUUUGAUUGUAGUAACUGUAACUACAAGUGCACUAACAAAACAAGUUUACGACGACAUCAAAUGAUACACUCGGGUGAACAUCCUUUUCAGUGUAAUUACUGCGAAUACAAGUGCAGGCAGAAGGCACACUUAAAGAGACAUAUGAAUCUACACACUAGUUAAAGUUAAGAAGCAUUGAUAUGGCCACUGUCAUUAGAUGUGAAUGCGGAAGUCCCCAGGCCGCUUCUUGUAUUUUUAUUUUAUUUAUUUGGACUAUAGUCUUGAUGACAAAUUUUUAUUAAUGGUAUCAAUCGAUCAGGUUUGUUUUCGGGAUCAAAUGCCUAUAUGGGACGCAUUGCAUUAAAGCAAUAUAAAAGUCAGAAAUGAUAGUCAAAGUCCGACAGUCGUACUUCACUCGCGAAA